AUGACUACCGAUCUUCUAUCCCCAUCUCAAGUCAAUGACUUUGACUAUGUCAUCGUUGGAGGUGGAACAGCAGGCUGUGUUAUUGCUAGCAGACUUUCCGAAUACUUACCAAAUAAGAAGAUUCUUAUGAUUGAGGGUGGUCCAAGUGAUUUCAAUAAUGACAAAGUAUUGAAGCUCAAAGAAUGGCUUACAUUACUUGGUGGAGAAUUGGAUUAUGACUACGGAACUACGGAACAACCAAAUGGAAAUUCAUACAUUAGACACUCACGUGCUAAGGUUCUUGGAGGUUGCUCCUCUCACAACACUUUGAUAUCAUUCCGUCCAUUCGAAUAUGAUUGUCAAGUUUGGGAGAGUUUGGGAUGUAAAGGAUGGGGAUUCAAGACCAUGAUGCGUCUCAUUGAUAACCUUCGCAACCAAACUAACCCUGUUCAUCCACGCCACAGAAAUCAAAUCUGUAAGGAUUGGGUCCAAUCUUGCUCUACUGCCAUGGACAUCCCCAUCAUCCAUGAUUUCAACCACGAGAUUCGUGAGAAGGGUGCUCUCGAGCAAGGAGUUGGUUUCUUCUCCGUAUCAUAUAACCCAGAUGAUGGACGAAGAAGUUCGGCUUCUGUCGCUUACAUCCACCCAAUUCUCCGCGGUGCCGAGAGUCGACCAAACUUGACUAUCCUCACCAACGCCUGGGUCAGCAAACUUAACUUUGACUCCAGCAAGACUGUCAAGAGCGUAAACGUAACCUUGAAAUCCGGCGAGAAACUCACCGUUUCCCCUAAGACCGAAACUAUCCUCUGUGCUGGCGCAGUCGAUACCUGUCGUCUUAUGCUCCUCUCUGGAGUUGGCCCUGCCCAACAACUCAAAGACCUUAACAUCCCUGUCGUACACGACCUUCCAGGUGUAGGAGAGAAUCUUAUCGACCACCCCGAAUCCAUCAUCAUGUGGGAACUCAAUGCCCCCGUUCCACCUCAAACUACCAUGGACAGUGACGCGGGUAUUUUCCUCCGUCGUGAACUACCCAACGCCGCCAAAAACCACACCCACCCAGAACUCAACCCCAAAGGUCUCCCAGAUGGCACCAUUGCAGAUAUCAUGAUGCACUGCUACCAAAUCCCCUUCUGUCUCAACACUGCUCGUCUAGGCUACGACGCCCCUCUAAAUGCAUUCUGCAUGACCCCCAACAUCCCCCGUCCCAGAUCACGAGGACGUAUUUACCUCACCUCCUCCGAUCCCUCUGUAAAACCCGCCCUCGACUUCCGCUACUUCACCGAUCCCGAAGGUUACGAUGCGGCCACCAUUGUCGCUGGUCUCAAGGCCGCACGUGAAAUCGCAAAGAAGGCACCUUUCUCAAACUGGCUUCUCCGUGAAGUAGCACCCGGCCCAGAAGUUCAAACUGAUGAACAACUUUCAGAGUACGGAAGAAAGGUUGCUCACACCGUUUAUCACCCAGCUGGAACUACCAAAAUGGGUAGUGCGCAGGACAAGAUGAGUGUGUGUGAUGAGAAACUAAAGGUCAGAGGACUUAAGGGAGUGAGAGUGGCGGAUGCCGGUGUUUUCCCAACGAUGACCACUAUCAAUCCUAUGUUGACUGUUUUGGCAAUUGGAGAGAGAGCCGCGGAGAUGAUUGCACAGGAGGCUGGAUGGAAGGGAAUGGUGGAACCGAGGUUGUAG